AUGGGUUCCGAGCUUGGCAUCACUGCCAGCACCGCGGAGCUGAUUGAUCUGUCUCCUGUCAGUAUUUGGUGGGCCACAUGGGCUUGCGUUUGGACAGUAUGCGUGGCGCUUGGUGUGACAUAUCUCAUCAUCAAUCGAAAUGCACCUACCCUUCGAAUCCGUGGUCUUACGCUCUCACUCUCUUCUAUCGGCUUACUUCACUUGUAUUGGGCUGUGUGCCAGUUCGCAACUAUGAUCGGUGCUUUGCUGCCCGGUGAUUGCCAGUACUGGGUUAUGGGUCUCUUUUUGCCAUUGGGUAUCUCCCUGUUUCACGCGUCCAGCACUCGUUUCCUGCACGUCGCCAAACUUCAGAAGAAGUAUGCUCAAUAUGGUCACCACCUUUUUGAGAUUCCUUCUGAGAAGCCCAAAGCCGGUUUAAUCAGCCGUUUCCGUGCUCUGUCAUACAAUGUGAAGAUUUUGACUGUUGUUGGAAUCGGCAUGGUCUUUCAAAUCUUUCUCACUGUCCUUAUGUGGGUCAUAUCCCGCAAGUGGCACAGCUCCUGGGGUAUCCCUGGAACUGAAGUACAUGGAACCGUGAUGGCUCAAAAGACUGCCCAGGGUUCUGGAUGGGAGUGGUGGCCUGGUGUUGCUUAUCAGCUUUUCUGGGCUUGGAUCGUUGCUCCCAUUGUCCUUUGGAAGUCUCGUAACAUCCAGGACACUCAAGGCUGGCGAACACAGACAAUUGGUUGUGCUCUUGCUAAUCUUCAUGGGACCCCUAUGUGGCUUAUUGGUCUUUACGUUCCUGCUAUGGCCCCAGUCAACGCUGUCUGGGUUCCACCUCAGUGGAUUUGCCUUUCUAUUUGGUUUAUGGAAAUUUUCACCGUUUUCGUUCCAUGCUACGAGGUCUGGCGAUCUCACACUCUCCGCAAGGAGACACUGGAUUCCAUUGCACGAUGGGAGCUUAAGGUCAAAUCGAGUGGGUCGGAUGAAAAGUCGCUGAAUUCUACGACCACAAUGGUUGACUCCAUCGUGUCUGGCUGGAAGUCAACCAACGAUUCCAUCAAGACUACCGACUCUCGCGACAGUGUCCUCACCAUGCAUGCGCUGGAACAUGUUCUCGACCGUAACCCGGCACCUUUGCAGAAAUUCUCCGCGCUCAAGGAAUUCUCAGGUGAAAACAUCGCGUUCCUCACUGCAGUCUCUGAUUGGAAGCGCUCUGUUCCUGCGGCCAUGAUCGAUGGUUCUUCGCAAAACGCACAGGACAAGACAGCGAUCCGGGAAUGCUUCAACCGCGCUUUGCACAUCUAUGCCGAAUUUAUCAGCGUUCGCCAUGCCAAUUUCCCUCUCAACAUCUCAUCUCAGGAUAUGUGUGCCCUUGAUGCUAUCUUCGACAGACCUACUCAGCUUCUGUAUGGCGAAGAGCGUGAAACCAACCCUGUCAGCCCCUUUGACAAGUUUACAUUUGAUCUUCCCUCUCCAGCUCUGACCGAGUCCUCAGAGAAGGCUAUCAAUCCCUCUGCCACCGAGAUCAGAAACCUGGUGCAGUUCUGGGGUAAAAUCCCGGAAGAAUUCACUGGCUCUGUGUUUGAUGAUGCCGAGAAGAGCAUCAAGUACCUUGUCCUCACAAACACAUGGCCCAAGUUCAUCAAGGAACGCAGGACUUCGACGGAGUCUGCUGGUUCUAUUCAGUCUGACGCCACUGCCGUCUAG